AUGCACGACUUAAAUUUGGAAGCGGACGUCACCAGCUACAGCGCUGGAAUCAGCGUGUGCGGGAAGGGCGAGCAGUGGCAGCGAGCCCUGUCGUUGUUCAACGAGAUGCGGAAUUCAAAUGCGAAGCCCAACGUCAUCAGCUAUGGCGCUGGCGUCAGCGCGUGCGAGAAAGGCAAGCAGUGGCAGCUAGCCCUGUCGAUGUUAAGCGAGAUGCGGGAAGCGAUGUUGGAGCCCAGCGUCAUCAGCUGCAAUGCUGGGAUCAGUGCGUGUGAAAAGUGUGAGCACUGGCAGCGGGCCCUGGCGCUGCUGAGCGAGAUGCAUGAUUCGAAGUCUGCCCUAGUCAGCUACAGCGCCGGGAUCAGUGCGUGCCAGAAAGGUGGCCAGUGGCAGCAGGCUGUUUCGUUUCUCAGCGAGACGCGAGCGGUGAAGCUAGAGCCCGACGUUAUCAUAUUCAACGCUGGGAUCAGCGCCUGUGAGAAGGGCGAACAGUGGCAGCAGGCUCUGGCGCUGCUGAGCGAGAUGCAUGAAUUACAUUUGGAAGCGGACGUCACUAGCUACAGCGCUGGGAUCAGCGUGUGCGGGAAGGGCGAGCAGUGGCAGCUGGCCCUGUCGUUGCUCAACGAGAUGCGGAAUUCAGAGGUGAAGCCCAACGUCAUCAGCUAUAGCGCUGGCGUUAGCGCGUGCGAGAAAGGCAAGCAGUGGCAGCUAGCCCUGUCGAUGCUAAGCGAGAUGCGGGAGGCGAUGUUGGAGCCCAACGUCAUCAGCUACAAUGCUGGGAUCAGUGCGUGCGAGAAGUGUGAGCAGUGGCAGUGGGCCCUGGCGCUGCUGAGCGAUAUGCAUGAUUCAAAGCUGUUACCCAACGUCAUCUGUACUACUUUGCAGGCUACAGCGCUGGGACCAGCGCGUGCGAGAAAGGCGCGCAGUGGCAUUGGGCUCUGA